AUGGAUCCCACGGAAGAAAAACAUUAUCCGAAUCCUAGAGAUGGAGCCAACAUAUUUUCCAUAUUAUUAUUUGGGUACACAAUACCUAUUUUCAAGAAAGGAAUGCACAAAACUCUGGAUGUUGAAGACCUUUAUAAUCCUUUGCAAGAAGAUAGAUGCACAACAUUACGGAAAAGACUAGAAAAAUACUGGAAUAAGCAACUAGAGCGAAAAAAAGGAAACCCAAAACAGUCUCCUAGUCUCCUGAAAGCUCUGCUCUGGACAUUCUGGAUAGAGAUAUUGAACUUGGGUGUACUCAUAGGAAUCUCAGAUAUCGUUAUACGUAUUACUCAGCCCUACGUUCUUGGCCUUCUACUAGAUUAUUACAGUCCAGAAACUACAACUAGUAAAACGGAAGCGCUGGUCUACGCUGGAAUUAUAGUCUCAAUCAACCUGAGUACUUCGUUUCUGAAGUCGCAGUAUUUAUUGAGCGCCAGUCAUACAGGGAUGAGAGCCAGAGCAGCAGUUUGUUCGUUGAUUUACAAAAAGGCUCUCAAACUGAGUCAGACAGCUGUUGCUGCGAACCCGCCUGGCAAACUGGUGAAUUUGUUAUCUAACGACGUGUCCAGAUUCGAUGCAGCUUCCGUCCUGAUUCACCAGAUAUGGAUCGGUCCCCUAUCAGCCAUCGUUAUACUGUUCCUCAUUUUCCAAGAGGUGGGUCUAUCAGGAACGGCAGGAGUAGUCAUCAUCAUGGGGAUGCUUCCACUACAAGGUUAUGUGGGCAAACUCACUGCAGGUUACCGUAGGAAAAUUGCCAUGAAGACAGACGAAAGAGUCAGACUGAUGGAUGAAGUAGUAGGCGGUAUUCAAGUGAUAAAAAUGUACGCGUGGGAAAAUCCUUUCGCCAAACUGAUCGCCCUAGCAAGAUUGGCAGAGAUAAAGAUCAUACGCUGGGCUUCGUACGUCAGAGGAAUCUUCAUGGCUAUCAGCUUAUUUAGCAACAGAUUCGCUUUGUUCUUCACUUUGGUUGCCAUGGUUAUCAGUGGACAAUCGAUUACAGCCGCGAAAGUAUAUGUGUUCAUGUCGUAUUUCGCCAUUUUGGCACAGACUCUAUCCGGAGUAUUCGUACGAGGAAUGACACAGAUAGCAGAACUGCUGGUUUCCAUAAGAAGGCUGCAGAGUUUUCUCGUCAAUGAAGAAUUCGAUUUCUGUGAGAAAAUACAGAUGAACGGGAAUACUGGAAUAAUCGAACAGAAAGACAGUAUAGUUUUCGAAAUGGUCAGUGCAAAAUGGAAUAUGGAUAUCAGCAAUCCUGUACUGAACAGUAUCAGCUUGAAAAUACCGAAAGGGAAGUUGAUUGGUAUAACGGGACCAGUUGGAUGUGGAAAGAGUUCGCUUCUACACACGAUUCUAGGUGAACUAUACAUCAACGAAGGAACGAUGUCAGUCGAUGGAUCAGUCUCCUACGCGUCUCAAGAGCCCUGGAUUUUCUCCGGGACUAUUAGACAAAACAUAUUGUUCGGAUCGCCGUACAGAAAAUCGCGCUACAACGCAGUAGUGCGCGCAUGCGCUCUACAAAGAGAUUUUGAUCAGUUUCCUGAUGCCGAUCUGACGCUGAUCGGUGAUAAGGGAGCCUCCCUUAGCGGUGGACAGAAGGCGAGAGUCGGUUUGGCGAGAGCCGUUUAUAAGGAGAAGGAUAUUUAUCUGCUGGAUGACCCGUUGUCUGCGGUUGACGUCCACGUAUCAAAGGUUCUUUAUGACGAGUGCAUCAACAAAUUUCUGAUUGGCAAGACGAGAAUACUGGUAACUCAUCAACUGCACUGCCUUGGAAAUGCAGAUCGCAUUGUCAUCUUGAAUAACGGUCGAAUAGUGAAUGAGGGAACAUUCAGUGAACUUGCUGAAGAUGACGACAUUUUUGCUCAGAUGCUGAACGAGGGAUGUAAAACAGAUGACGAUGAAAAGGAAAAUAAAAACAAACAAAGUGAAGAUAGACCUGAUUACAAGAAAUCAAUAUCUCACAGGAGUGACGUGAGCAGCAAAGACACAGAAGAAGAAAAUGAGCAGCAAAAACAGGCAAGAUACAUAGAGUUUCAGGAAAAAACUUCAAAAGGCACAGUUAGCGGCUCUCUGCUCUUCAAAUACUUUUCUUCAGGCAUGAGUUGGUGUCAAAUGUUUCUUGUGCUCUCAGUUCUUAUUUUCGCUCAAGCAGCCAUGAAUUUCAUCGACUGGUUCAUCAGUUAUUGGACUGCUAUUGAGGAAUACAGAAACGUUACUAUCUCAGACACGGAAAGCCUCAAGAAUAUUCCGACUGUUGAUUGGUCCACCGAGACUUGUCUUUACAUUUACGGAACCGGAGUAGCCAUACUCUUCAUCGGUUCUUUAUCAAGAACAAUCGUGUUCUACAAAUUCAUCAUGCAAUGCUGUGUUAAUCUGCACAGUAUGUUAUUCAAUGGAGUUAUACAUGCUCCUAUGAGAUUUUUCGAGACAAAUCCUAGUGGAAGGAUUUUGAAUAGGUUUUCAAAAGAUGUCGGUGUGAUUGAUGAGGGGAUGCCAAGGAUGCUAUUAGAAACGGGAAGGACGCUUCUUCAGAUAUUGGGAUCCAUAGUGCUCGUUCUGUAUGUGAAUCCGUAUUCCUUCAUCCUAUUAUUCUUUCUGUCGGGUAUUUUCGUGUUCAUGAGGAGAAUUUAUUUGAAGUCCUCCAAGAAUAUCAAGAGAUUAGAAGGAAGAAUGAGUAGUCCUGUAUUUACACACCUGAUGGCGACACUACAAGGACUGACGACAGUUCGAGCAUUCAAGAUACAAGAUAUACUAGAAGAAGAAUUCGAUAAACAUCAAGACUAUCACACCAGUGCCUUUUACAUGUUUAUAUCGACUAAUUCUGCUUUCGGAUUAUCUUUGGAUUUAUUUUCGAUAGUUUUCAUUGGGGUUGUCACAUUCAGCUUGAUAAUAUUCGCAGAAGAUCUAGAAAUGACAGGAGGCCAAGUGGGUCUAGCGAUUUCUCAAGCAACCCUAUUGUGCCAGAGAACCCAGUUUGCAGUUCGCUUCACAGCAGAGAUAACUAAUCAGCUGAUGUCGGUCGAGCGAGUGCUGGAAUACAAAGGAAUGGAAGCAGAGAAACAGCCCUUGGUACCGAAAGUGCCUUCGUCGUCUUGGCCCGAAAAAGGGUUAAUUGAAUUUCAACGAGUGAAUUUCAAAUACUAUGAGGGUGGACCAGUUGUGUUGGAAAAUGUGACUUUCAGCAUCAAGGAAUGUGAAAAGAUUGGCAUCGUUGGCAGGACAGGUGCCGGAAAAUCUUCGCUGAUAUCAGCAGUUCUAAGAUUAGCACAAGUAGAAGGAACUAUAAAAAUCGAUGGCAUCGAUACAAGAGACAUCAACUUAGAUGAGCUUCGUUCGAAAAUCUCAGUGAUUCCCCAGAAUCCUGUACUCUUCUCGGGCACUCUGAGGUACAAUCUGGAUCCAUUCGAAGAGUAUACCGAUGAACAACUGUACAGAGCUCUUGAAGAAGUUGAACUGAGAGAUCCAGAGAAUAUUAUCAAUCGCCUGGAGAACAGAGUGACUGACCGCGGGGCAAACUACAGUGUCGGACAAAAGCAGCUUAUCUGUUUGGCAAGAGCAAUCUUGAGGAACGCUAAAAUUUUGUUGUUGGAUGAGGCGACAGCAAAUGUAGAUCGACAGACUGAUACUUUGAUCCAGACAACAAUCAGAACAAAAUUCGCAAACUGUACAGUACUCACCGUUGCACAUCGUCUGAAUACAAUUAUGGAUUCAGAUAAAGUUUUGGUAGUGGAUAGAGGACGAAUUGUAGAGUAUGAUCAUCCUCAUCUACUCCUCCAGAAUAAUGACGGAUUCUUCUACAAACUGGUGGAUGAAACUGGUGAUGCAGUGGCUGAACAUUUGAGGAAUAUUGCCAAGGAAAGUUAUAAAAGCAGAAACCAUCAAUAG